CUCCAUUCCCCGUCACUGUUCUGCCGGUUGGGCGGAGCACCACCACUCAGCCCAGUGGGUUAGUAGGAACCGCUGACAGAUUAGGCAUCCCCCCAGUAAAUUAUUUGUCACUUUCGACAGUUGCCUACUUGCGGUUCAAUUCACAAUGGCAGACCGAGAGGAUUUCGUGUAUCAGGCAAAGCUCGCCGAGCAGGCCGAGCGAUACGACGAGAUGGUGGUGUUCAUGAAGAAUGUGGCUGGCAUGAACAUAGAGCUCACAGUGGAGGAGAGGAACCUACUAUCGGUGGCUUACAAGAAUGUGAUUGGAGCGAGGAGAGCCUCCUGGCGGAUAAUUAGCAGUAUCGAACAGAGGGACGAGAGCAAGGGUGAAGAAGAUAAGCUGAAGAUGGUGAAGGAUUACAGGAAAACGGUUGAGGAUGAGCUGAAGUCCAUCUGUGGUGACAUUCUGGAGGCACUGGAAAGGCACCUACUCCCCGCGGCUGUGGCUGGAGAGUCUAAGGUUUUCUACAACAAAAUGAAGGGUGACUACUACAGGUACCUGGCAGAGUUUGCCACUAACAACAGCAGAAAGGAGGCAGCAGAGAACAGCCUAGUGGCCUACAAAAGUGCUACAGAUCUUGCAAUGAUUGAGCUGCCACCCACGCACCCCAUUCGCCUAGGCCUUGCUCUCAACUUCUCCGUCUUCUACUAUGAGAUCCUCAACUCACCCGAUCGAGCUUGCAGGUUGGCAAAGGCUGCAUUUGAUGACGCCAUUGCAGAACUGGACACUCUGAGUGAAGAAAGCUACAAGGACUCCACACUCAUCAUGCAGUUGUUACGUGACAACUUGACACUAUGGACUUCAGAUAUGCAGGGAGAAGGAGAGGAACAGAACACAGAUGCACUGCAGGAUGUUGAGGAUGACGCACAGUGAGAUUUUGCCACUAUCAGCCAACAACUUAACACCCCCUCCCAGCCCCCUCCCCCCAACCAACUCCUCACACUCCUUGUCUUCUUCGUUUGUCCUCUACCCCAUUCUUCUUUCCCUUGCCUCCUCCUUCUCCUCCUCCUCCUCCCCCUGACCCCCUCGAGCCUCUGCUCCUCCAGGACCCAGCAGGGUCUUGGAGUUGACAACUUUAUCUUUUCUUCUUUUUUAUUUUUGAUAUUAGUCCUUACAUCAUUGAAAACAAUACCACUUAAUUCAGUCAGGAAAUACAAUGUUAGAAAGAUGAAGAGAAGCCCCUCUUUUUGUUUUUGUUUUUCCUCCUCCUGGUACAUGCGAUUCUGAAAAUGUUCUUUGUUUUCAUGAUUGUAUUUUUGUUUUUGCUUUUCCUCAAUAUUUGUAUGGGUUGCUGGAUGUAUUGAGAAUCUUUCUUAAUGUAAUUACAGAAAUUAACUUUUAUUACUGAAAAUGUUGACGUUUAGUUAAUGGGAGCUGUUAUCUAUCUCUUGUUUUUAGUGAAAUGUCACGUGAGUCGUUUUAACUUUUUGAUGGGCACUUUGAAGAAGUACAAGUGCCCUUUUUGUGUUGGUAUUUCAGAGGACGUUGGCAAAAAUUAUCGAUAUCCAAGUGGAGCAAGGAAGUGCUUUUUACGCAAUAGUCAUUCUGUUUUGUUCUGUCGCUGUCUUUGGACUGUACUUUGUGCUAAAGAUACUGUAACAGUGCACACAUGCCUGAAGGUUGAAUUAUCAUUAGCGGUUUUAAUUAGGAAAUCAUUGUAGUUUGGCUGCACUCCUUUACAGAGAGCCCCCAAAUCAACAUUCUUUACUGCUGCUUCUCCCAAACUGUAUCUCCUUUUUGGUUUUAACUGCAGUUACUUUAGCUUUUCUUUUUUGUUUUGCUGCAUUAUGUGUAACUUGGAGCUGAUUUGUACUACUGGAUAUCUGACUGGAGCCACAGACAGGGAAUCUGUAUUGUUCUUACUGAAACACAGCAUGGAAUUAACAUUAAACAAUCUAAAUUAAACACAA